AUGGACGCGGAGGCUAUCCACUCGCAGAAGAAGCUCAUUGAAGCGCUCAACGGCGACGGCAGCGAGGCAGGGCAGAUAUUACAUCUAGCCAGCAGCAUCGGUGACGUUGCCUGGCUCAAGUCUUUAGCUCUCAGUGUCGUGUGCUUCUCAUUCGAAGUGCAAACGGCGAUCGUCGAUGAAGCUAUUGCAAAAAUCGACGGAGACCACGAAUUGCAAGAAAGGCGCUAUAGGCUGGACACAUACACUCUACUUACGUCUUCGUCGCAAAUAGACGAGGACGAGGACGACGAUCCUUGGAAGGAUGACGAGGAUGUAGAAACAGCGGAGGAACAACGGCAACCGCUAGAUUUGUCUCGUUUUCUACUAUCGCCAGUGCAACACACCUCCCUUGAAUUAGCUGCGAGAGGUGAAAUUGCCAGACUUAAUACAUUCAUCGAUAGAUAUCCCAGCAUACUCAGCGAUAGCCGGUAUGCAAUCUUAGAAGCCAUACCUGUCAGUAUACCUCCAACAGGAUACCUCAAUAUCCUACCAUCGGACGAGAGCACGUCGAAUUGGUACAUAUCCCGCGCAAUCAAAAUGGAUGCUGUUGGCAGACAACUCGACAAUGCACUGUCGCUAAUUCAGCAUGGCGCAGCACGUGGUGUGCUGGGGCUGGAUAGGAUUGGAGAAGAUCUUGUACUUCUACUCAAAAUGGCAGAGUGCAAUCACAACGUAGGGUUACUAGAAUUCCAGGAAAUGUCCUAUGAGGACUCAGUAAAAGCAUACCUGGCUGGAAGCAGUCCUCAGGAUUUUCCAACAAGGAUCAAGAAUGCACUUCUGCCCUAUCUUUACGUUCUGGAGUCGCGGAAUGAAAGACAAACAGGAGUAACCGAUACCGAACUCCACGAGAGAUUGCUUAUCAAUAUUAUACUCGCCGUUGAAAUGGAUUCGGUUUUGAGCUUGAUAGAAGCUAGCAGACCUGAUUUGAGUAUUAGCGAGAGGGUGAUUAAGGACGACAAACUACUGGUUGCAAUAUCUCUAACUCUGCUCUAUACAACAACACGCACUGACAUUAUCGACACUAUUCAAAGAGUCUUCGAAUGUAUGCCUGCUUGGGAAGGUGGUUUGAGUUGCAGGGUGAGAGAUGUCACAGAUUUCACGAAUGAAGGUCGUGCAGAGGUCGUACAAAGAUUCAAGGCUCUCGAUGUAUCACAACUUGGCUCACUUCUCGAUCAUUUAGACAUACACAUUGAAUCGAUGGAGAUCUUGGCUAGAUGGUCAAUCAACGUAACCCUAUCGAGAAUCGAGUUGUGUGAUUACGAACAACAACUGACAUGGGCGAGGAUGUUGACGCGUAGAAGCGUGGGUACUUUAGGAGAAAAUAUCGAGAGUGGAUCAGAAUGGGAAGCGUUGCUAGAUGACAUGGUCAAGCUGUCGAACAGUGAUGAUGGCAGAGCGCUUGGGCUGUUAGAGCGGGAUAUUGUCGUUAGGAUUUUCUUUAGUGGUCUACUGAAUUCUGCGAAAUUUGAACUAGCCAGAGAGCUCCUGUCUUCUCCAGACUCAUUGCUGUCAUCUCUUGAUAGAAAUUUAGUGAACGAAAUAGUGUUGGAAACAUCCCAAGAAUUCUUCGAUAAUGCGACAGACGGAAAUAUCAAUUACGGAUACAUGAGGCUAUCUAAGGAAGUUUUAGAAGUAGGUGCUCAGAAUGCACGUGAUGUUAACUCUCGCAAAGAGUUUAUACUUGCAACAUCGAGACUCUGCUCAUUCAACCUGGUAAACGUUCAAGGUGUUUACAUAACACCGCUCGAAGUCAGACUGGAGGGUGAUAAGUUGGUGUUUAUUGACCAGUUGUUGAGUACACACAGGGAUGCGUAUCAGCAUCCCGCCAGAAUUAUGGCGCUGGCUGAAGGUCUCGACAGCAGUCUGAAAGACAACACCAAACGUCAAGUGGAGGUUUUAGGGAGGGUAAUAGAUGCUGCUAUCAGAUAUGAAGACUAUGAGCAAGCUUUUAGCGUUACGCAGACUGACGAUUACCAACAAAAGCUGACGUUCGGUGAAGACGAAGAAGACAGACGAUGGGUGUCAUUCUACAAACUGGGCGUGGAGAUCAGAUGGUCGUCAGUCUCUAACAGGCUGGAUUGUUUGGCUCAAGCUAUGCGGUUGUGUCCUCAUCGGAGACUGCAUGAUGUUUUAUCAAAGUGGAAAGAAUUGGAAGAGAGCAAAGAUAGGAUAGUACCAAUGGAGAAGAAGGAGGGAACGGUGAAAGAUGCAAGUGGGGUACUCGCCUCGAUUGUUCGCCCAACGACAAUCGAAACACAAACACGUCAUUUGCUAUCAGGUGGGUUGAGAAGAUUGAAGAGUGUAUCAGCAGGAUCGCCGGGUGUUUCGUCGCAAGGGAUGUCAUCAUCAAGCAAUUCGCAGAGCCAUUCUCAACCACAAGCCCAUCCACACCAAACAUUUGGUCUGGGGUUGGAGGAGAAGUUAACGCGCGGAGUGGGUUGGCUGAUCGGGGCAGAAGAGUAG